CCACCGUGCGCAGCUGAGCCCGCGCCGGGCCGCGCCGGCUUCUUCCAUGCGGGCGGCGCGGGCCCUGGGAGGGGCGUCCGCAGCCAGCAGCGCAGCAUGCACUGGGGGGUUGGCUUUGCCUCGUCCAGGCCGUGCGUGGUGGAUCUGAGCUGGAACCAGAGCAUCUCCUUCUUCGGCUGGUGGGCCGGGUCCGAGGAACCCUUCUCCUUUUAUGGGGACAUCAUCGCUUUCCCUUUGCAGGAUUACGGUGGGAUCAUGGCAGGGCUGGGCUCCGAUCCCUGGUGGAAGAAAACCCUUUACUUGACUGGGGGAGCUUUGCUGGCCGCAGCUGCGUAUCUGCUCCACGAACUCCUGGUCAUUAGGAAACAGCAAGAGAUUGACUCCAAAGAUGCUAUUGUUUUGCAUCAGUUUGCGAGGCCUAACAAUGGUGUUCCCAGUUUGUCUCCUUUCUGUUUGAAAAUGGAAACUUACUUAAGGAUGGCUGACUUACCCUAUCAGAAUUAUUUUGGUGGAAAACUGUCUGCUCAAGGGAAAAUGCCUUGGAUUGAAUAUAAUAAUGAGAAAGUUUCUGGCACAGAGUUCAUAAUUGAUUUUCUGGAAGAGAAGCUUGGAGUGAACUUAAACAAAAACCUUGGCCCUCACGAAAGAGCUGUCUCCAGAGCGGUGACCAAAAUGGUGGAGGAGCACUUCUACUGGACGUUAGCUUAUUGCCAGUGGGUGGACAAUCUCAAUGAGACCCGGAAGAUGCUCUCUCUUAGCGGCGGCGGGCCCUUCAGUAACCUGCUGAGGUGGGUUGUGUGCCACAUAACGAAAGGAAUUGUGAAGCGUGAGAUGCACGGCCACGGCAUUGGCCGCUUCUCCGAGGAAGAGAUUUACAUGCUGAUGGAAAAGGACAUGCGGUCACUGGCAGGGCUUUUGGGUGAUAAGAAGUACAUCAUGGGACCCAAGCUUUCUACUUUGGAUGCCACUGUCUUCGGGCACUUGGCACAGGCAAUGUGGACCUUACCAGGGACGAGACCUGAGCGACUGAUCAAAGGCGAGCUCAUCAACCUUGCCAUGUACUGUGAGAGGAUAAGAAGGAAAUUCUGGCCUGAGUGGCAUCAUGAUGACGACAACACCAUCUACGAGUCAGAAGAGAGCAGCGAAGGCAGCAAAGCCCACACUCCCCUGCUGGAUUUCAGCUUUUACUCAAGGACAGAGACCUUUGAAGAUGAGGGAGCAGAGAACAGUUUUUCCCGAACCCCUGAUACAGAUUUCACUGGACAUUCACUCUUUGAUUCUGAUGUGGACAUGGAUGACUGCACAGAUCAUGAACAGUGCAAGUGACAUGCAGCCUCAGGCCCCUUUGUUACAGUCAGAGCUGCCCCACCCUGGGGUCUGUCUAGCUUCCCUCAUUUGACUCCAUUGGAACUGGGAAGAGAUCUCCAAGCUUGGCAGAGUCUUCACAUGCAAACUGGACUGUAGCUGCCGCCUUUCCUUUCUCUUUUUUUUUUCUCUUGUAAGAACAAGUACAGAACCAUACAGAUGGCUUCCUUUAAAAAUGUACAGGAAAAAAAAAAAAGUCAGCAUGGUUCCUGAAAUCCAUUUUUGAUUUCAUUAGAAAACUGGAUUUAUGUGGCAGAGCAGAGGAAAGAAUGGGUUGACAUCAGAUAGUUUUUCUGUUGAUUCUCUUGAGGUGGUUGAGAGUGUAGUUGCGAGCUGAACCCUUGAUUAUCUUUCACCCGCCAGUUUCCAAAGUAAUGGGAGAUGUCAUCAGAAAAAAUGUAGGAGAGAAAUCUUCUCUGGUGGCUGCUUGUACCUUAUGUGUGUAUAUUGUAUUUCGAGACGUAAGUCAAAUAAAAUUCACAGAUAUUUAA